AUGGCGAUGAAUAAGAUCCGCGGCGCCUUUGCGGUGCCCCGGAAAGGAGAGACGUUUGAACUGCGAGCUGGCCUGGUGUCUCAGUAUGCCUACGAACGGAAAGAGUCUAUUCAGAAGACGAUCAUGGCCAUGACCCUGGGCAAGGAUGUUUCGGCUCUUUUCCCCGAUGUUCUGAAGAACAUUGCUACUGCGGACCUGGAGCAGAAGAAACUCGUCUACCUCUACCUCAUGAACUACGCCAAAUCACACCCCGAUCUUUGCAUUCUCGCCGUCAAUACCUUCGUCCAAGACUCGGAAGACCCGAACCCCCUAAUCCGAGCCCUGGCAAUUCGCACUAUGGGCUGCAUUCGUGUGGACAAGAUGGUGGAUUACAUGGAGGAACCACUUCGCAAGACCCUUCGCGACGAGUCGCCCUACGUGCGCAAGACCGCUGCCAUCUGCGUUGCCAAGUUGUUCGACCUGAACCCCUCCAUGUGCCUCGAAAACGGAUUCUUGGAGAUGCUGCAGGAGAUGAUCGGUGACCCCAACCCCAUGGUGGUGGCCAAUUCCGUGACUGCGCUAUCGGAAAUUCACCACACGGCCCCCGAGACGCAAGCUUUGCAGGUGACUGCCAACACACUACGGAAAAUGCUCAUGGCUUUGAACGAGUGCACGGAGUGGGGUCGGGUAACCAUCCUCUCAACGCUAGCAGAGUAUCGGGCGGCCGAUGUGAAGGAGUCGGAGCACAUUUGUGAACGUGUUGCGCCUCAGUUCCAGCAUGUCAACGCCAGUGUUGUUCUUGCGGCUGUCAAGGUCGUCUUCUUGCACAUGAAGUAUGUCGGACCCGAGUUAGCUAAGAACUAUCUUAAGAAGAUGGCCCCCCCGCUAGUGACUUUGGUCUCUUCGGCACCCGAGGUGCAAUAUGUGGCUUUGCGAAACAUCGACCUUUUGCUGCAGAAACAACCUGAUAUUCUGAAUAAGGAACUCCGUGUGUUCUUCUGCAAGUACAACGACCCGCCUUAUGUCAAGUUCCAGAAGCUGGAGAUUAUGGUUCGGAUAGCAAACGAUCGCAACGUGGAUCAGCUUCUGGCUGAGUUGAAGGAAUACGCUCUGGAGGUUGACAUGGACUUUGUCCGUCGCGCCGUCAAAGCGAUUGGCCAGGUUGCCAUUAAGAUUGAGAGUGCUAGCGAAAAAUGCGUCAACACCUUGUUGGAUUUGAUCAACACCAAGGUGAACUACGUCGUUCAGGAGGCUAUCGUUGUGAUUAAGGAUAUUUUCCGGAAAUACCCUGGUUAUGAGGGUAUCAUCCCCACUCUGUGCAAGUGCAUUGACGAGUUGGACGAGCCUAAUGCCCGCGCCGCUUUGAUCUGGAUUGUGGGUGAGUACGCCGAGAAGAUCAGCAAUGCUGGUGACAUUCUCGGUGGCUUCGUGGAUGGCUUCAAUGAAGAGUUCGCGCAAACUCAAUUGCAGAUCCUUACUGCUGUGGUCAAACUCUUCCUCAAGCGGCCCGAGAAGGCACAGGGUCUCGUCCAGCGCGUGCUUCAGGCUGCCACCGCCGAGAAUGAUAACCCUGAUGUCCGUGACCGAGCCUAUAUCUACUGGCGUUUGCUCUCCAACACAAGCGACCAGAACGCUACCAAGAACAUUGUCCUCUCGGAGAAGCCCCCAUCCUCAUUACCGCCCACUCUCUUGGAACAACUCCUCCAGGAGCUCUCUACCCUUUCUUCCGUGUACCACAAGCCCCCAGAGCAAUUCGUUGGACAAGGCCGCUUCGGUGCCGAUGCUGUUCAACGGGCCGCUAUCGAGGAACAACUCCAAAACGCGCGCGAGAACCCCUUGGCUGCCGCGGCCGCAGCCGCUGUCAGCGGCACCGCACCUGCGCAGGCGCAAAGCAACGUCGAGAAUCUGCUGGACAUCGAUUUCGACGGCGGUGCCCCGGCCUCGGCCCACAAGGAGCCUUCUGGCGAGAUGUCCGGAUUGGAAGGUCUGGCAGGUACUCCUGUCCGAGUGCAAUCUCCCGCGGCUGGUGCUCCUGCACCCCAGGCCAGCAACAACCUCGACGAUCUCCUGGGAGUCUUUGGCGACUCUGGUCCUUCCCAACCCUCGUCCAGCGGGGCCAAUGGCGGUGCUGCAGCUGACUUGAUGAAUGGUUUCUCCGGUCUCGAUCUCUCUGGCCACGCUUCCCCUCCCACACAGAGCCAACCCCAGAAAUCCAGCCAAGAUAUCAUGGAUCUCCUUUAA